AUGCGCGGCAAAAUGAAAAGUCGUCCAAUCGAUAUAGUUGCAGCUAUUAUUGUACCUAUAGGUUUGAUUGGAGCUGGUGUCUUAUUCGGCAUUGCAAAAAAAUUUUCAUUUAUUUUUGAACGUCUUCAACUUAGUUUUCACUUACGUCAAAUCUCAGUUGGCAUUAUUAUAUUAUAUGUUUUACUCUUCUUUGUUUUUUGGCAUUUCAAUGUAAUUAAUGUUCGUCGUCGCUUCAUUAAGCCACUAUUAAUCAUUACGAAUGUUUGCCUUUUAAUUGAUGCCAUUUAUGUAUUCGCUACUUCUAUACCAUCUCUUUUCACUUCACUCAAUGAAAACGAAUUUUGGUUCUAUGUAGGCCAUUUAUUACCGUCUUUUAUUGCUCUUUUUACAUGGACACUCUUGUAUUGGCGAAAAUCGCCAACGGCUGCUGACAAGAUUAAUGAAAAUAGUGAGAAUGGCAAGGAAAUUCUAUUAUCAACUUGUACAUCAUGA